AUGACAACUCAUUCACAUCACCCCUUUCAUUUAGUUGAUAUAAGCCCAUGACCUCUAACAGCCUCAAUUGGAGCUUUAACAAUAACUUCAGGUUUAUCUUAUUGAUUCCACUACAAUUCAAUAGGAAUUUUAAUUUUAGGUUUAUUUAUUAUUGUAAUUUCCUCUUACCAGUGAUGACGAGAUAUUGCCCGAGAAGGAACCUUACAAGGUCAUCACAAUUCAAGAGUUAUUUCUAAUUUACGAUGAGGAAUAAUUUUAUUUAUUGUUUCAGAAGUGUUCUUCUUCGUUUCAUUUUUCUGAGCAUUUUUUCACGCUAGUUUAGCACCUUCAGUAGAAAUUGGUACCCAGUGACCGCCUGCAGGUAUUAUUCCUUUUAACCCCUUUCAAAUUCCUUUACUUAAUACAGCAAUUUUACUUGCUUCUGGAGUAACUAUUACUUGAUCUCACCAUGCUCUAAUAAAUGGCAAUCAUCCACAAUCCGUUCAGGCCUUAAUUCUAACCAUUAUUUUAGGUGUAUAUUUUACUAUUUUGCAAGCAUAUGAGUAUAUUGAAGCUCCCUUUACAAUUGCUGAAGCUGUUUACGGUUCCACUUUUUUUGUAGCUACUGGAUUUCACGGGUUACACGUAAUUAUUGGUUCUACAUUUCUAAUAGUAUGUUUAUACCGUAUAACAAAAUUCCAUUUCUCUUCUACCCAUCACUUUGGAUUUGAAGCUGCAGCUUGAUAUUGACAUUUUGUUGAUGUAGUGUGACUUUUCCUUUAUGUAUCUAUUUAUUGAUGAGGAGGAU